AAAGAAACGUCUACAAAUAGACAUAUAUAGUGGGAAGCUUAGGGUUUUUGAAGAGAAAAGGAUUUGGGUUUGUUUUUGGGAUUCUAAAAAACUCAAAAACUUUUCUUUUUCUUGUCUUGUUUUCUUUUUCUUAUAAAGGAGAGAGAGAAGAAAGAGAAUUUCCGAAAGCUGAAUUGAGUUGGGUGAAGCAAUUCUCAGGAUGGGAAGAGGAAAGAUAGAGAUCAAGAGGAUAGAGAACUCCACAAAUCGACAAGUGACAUUCUGCAAAAGAAGAAAUGGACUUCUGAAGAAAGCUUAUGAGCUCUCAGUCCUCUGCGAUGCAGAAGUCGCCCUCAUUGUCUUCUCAACUCGUGGCCGUCUCUAUGAGUAUGCCAACAACAACAUAAGAUCAACCAUUGAGAGGUACAAGAAAGCUUCUUCUGAUGGCACCAACACUCACUCUGUCCAAGAAAUCAAUGCUGCGUACUAUCAGCAGGAAUCUGCAAAGCUAAGGCAACAGAUCCAAACGAUUCAAAAUUCCAACAGGAAUCUAUUGGGAGAAUCUUUGAGUUCCUUAAGUAUUAAGGAACUAAAACAGGUUGAGAAUCGCCUUGAGAAAGCCAUCUCCAGGAUCAGGUCCAAGAAGCAUGAGUUGCUUCUAGCUGAAAUCGAAAACAUGCAGAAAAGGGAGAUUGAGCUUGAUAAUGAGAAUAUCUAUCUCCGAACCAAGAUAGCAGAAGUGGAGAGGUUUCAACAACAGCAUCAUCAAAUGGUUAGUGGUUCAGAGAUCAACGCAAUGGAAGCAUUAGUAGCUCGCAAUUACUUUGCUCAUAGCAUUAUGGCUACUGGUUCUGGAUCUGGUGCUUGUCAAGGAGGUUCUUACUCUGACCCGGACAAAAAAAUCCAUCUCGGAUAAUGUCUCCUGACAAAAACACGAGCUGAAAUAAUGGCUUUAUGAAGCUUUGCAUUCUGAAAGCCUCUGCUCUGAUUUAUCUCUACAUGAAAUUUGUUUGGUCUUAUUAAAUUUCAAAGUACAAUGAAGGUACUGAUCUUUCAAAGACUCCUUGGAAAUUUGUGUUUGUGUAAUGAUGAAGACAUACUUUGGUUUAGUGAUCAUGCCCUUUAAUUUGAAUUAUGGUAUCUGAUUUAGUAAUUUAGUGAUUUAUAUGAUCACAGAACAGAGCACUUUUUC